AUCCCCACUAUUGGUCAAACCCCUCCCUCUGGGCUGUUAAUUGGACCAGUUCAAAAUCCCGCCUACUUCCUUCGACCCACGGAUUGGCCGAUGCAGUAUCCUUGAGCUGUCUGUCAUAGCUUCUUGUGGUUUGCUUAGUUUUCCUUUGCAAUGCAAUGCAAGGUGCAGGGCUGAAAACGCAGUGAAUUCCAAAAAAAAAAAAAAACAAUUUAGCUGUAUCUUAAUGCGUAUUUACAGUUAUCUGCCUGCCUUCUAAAGAAGACCGCUGGUGCUUUUUCGUGAGAAUUUACAGUCUUGGGAAUAAUUUGUUGUGAUUGUUCUUGGUUUGUUUUGAUAGUGCACGCUUUUUUUGUUUUCAUGUACAGUAUUUCCACGUUUAAAAACAGCAUCCUUUUGGACGGGGUUAUUAACCUGUAUCAAGGAAGGGAAAAGGAAAGAGACAUUGCUGUUUAAACUUACCUGUCAGUCGUGAACAAUUCCCACUGACUUGAAGUGUUCUGAACUGAUCAGUAAAAUUUAAAAAAAAAAAUAUUUGACCGCGACUGAGUUCGAUUCAGAUACAGAAGAACAUCUUGGCAGGAGGAAAAUACAUCAAAAUACACAAAAUGAGCGACCCUCUCUUGCGAAUCGUGCUGGUCGGAAUGCUUUUAGCAGUUCUUGCGAAUGCAGGACUUUAUGUGGAAGGUGCAGAAUUCACCCACCUACCUGACAACAUUACGGUGUGCCAAGGAGAAAGCGCAAUUCUUCGGUGCAACAUCGAUGACAAAGUGACCCACAAGGCCUGGCUGAACCGCUCCAACAUCCUCUUCACGGGAAACGACAAGUGGUCCCUAGACUCCCGCGUGACACUCAUCAAUAACAACAAGAGUGAGUUCUCCAUCCAGAUCGACCGAGUCACCGUUUAUGAUGAAGGACCUUACACGUGCAGCUUCCAGGCCCGCGACGAGCCCCGGACGGCUCACGUCUACCUCAUCGUACAAGUUCCAGCAAAAAUUAUCAAUAUCUCCAAGGAUAUAUCGGUGAAUGAGGGAAGCAAUGUCAACCUUUUCUGUCUGGCUAUUGGUAGACCAGAGCCCACAGUGACAUGGAGACACCUUAAAUAUGGUCUUCUGAGCGAAGGGGAGUUUUUAGACAUCACUGAGAUCAAGAGACAACAAGCUGAAGAAUAUGAGUGCAUCACAAACAAUGGCGUCUCUGCUCCUGACACACGCAAAGUCCGCAUCACCGUCAACUACCCCCCAGUCAUCACAGAUGUGAAGAACAUGCCUGCUCAGCUGGGGAAGACAGCUAUUCUGCGGUGCGAGGCCAUGUCUGUGCCUACUGCUAGCUUUGAGUGGUACAAGGAUGAGAAAAGGCUUAUGGAGCAUGACAGCAACAUGAAAAUUCAGAAUGAGAAGACACGCUCACUGCUCAUGUUCACCAAUGUGACAGCAAAGCACUUUGGGAAUUACACCUGCUUUGCCUCCAACAGACUGGGCUCCUCUAACUCCAGCAUGCUCUUGUUCAGACCUGGAGCAGCAAAAAACGGGGCUGCAGCAUCAGAUUUUGGGGUCUUCAUGACAAUGUGGUUCCUUUGGCCAGCACUCCUCGUUCUCCUAUUGAAGAUCUAAGUGUGACAAGUUGAAUCUGAAGAUAUGAAACUACGAACCCAUCACUGUGAACAAAAAAUUAUGCAUUAAUUCCAAGAGCCAUUUCUUCAUCGUCAUUUUCUUCUCAAAAAAAGAGGCUCUUUCUCUCUUCCCUCUAAUAACAACAACAACCAUGAUAACAGAAGUAAAAUCUUUCCUCGUUUUCACUGACAUUUAAUCGGCCCAGUAAAGUUUAUAUCAGGCCAGCUCUGCUAUUCACAGUGUGGUUGUGCAUCUUGGGUACCUUUUAAACUAUAGCCACACUAGACAACCUGAUUGCUUCUCACAGCCUGAGAAGUGUUUUGAAUUUAUCUAUAGGUCUAUUAUCUAGAGAUUAGAUAGUGAAUUAAUUAAUUUUCUGUUGGAACAAAUUUGACCAGUCAUAAAUAUUGUAAACUGAUGUGAGAGGCCCAGUCCACAAUGCUUUUCCAAAUAGAUUGCAAGAACUUAACAUUGUUAUAGAUUUGUGUAAUAGAAGGGAAUCUUUGACCUGAUAUGCAAUUUUGAUUUCAUUGAGAAUACUAAAGGAUUUAGCAUCAGAUUCCCAACUUUUCCAGAACACAAUUUAAAAAUUUUAAAGGGACUAAAUCUAAAAAUGAAAAGGGAAUAAAUCUAAAAUAAGCUGAAGUGAAUUUCAUGGUUGAAAUAUUAUAAAAUCUGCAAUUUCAUGAAUGAAAGCUUUUAUGCUGCCACAUCUGAUAAGAUGUAAUAUAAUGGAAAUAAGGAAAGGUCAGAAAAGGCAAUUCAUUUAGCCUCUUUUCAAGUCAAUUCAUAUAGUUAGAAUAAGUAAUUUAUAAUUAUUAAGGAAUGCAAACAAAAAUGUUAGGUCAUUCCAUUGUAGCAACUAGUGCAAGUAUGAUUUCACAACUGUUAGAAACAGUGUUUUAUUACAGCAGAUUUCUAGCAGUGAGAGAAGGAGUGGAGCUACAGUAUAUGUGACAUACUGUACAGUACCUAGCACCAGGCUUGAACAUAGUGAACACAGAGCAUAGUGCUGUGGUUGAAUGCAGAGCUUGAGACAAAAGCUGUAAAAAAAAUUAAUAAUCCAAGUACGGUACACCAAUAUGGAAGCUCUAGGACUAUUUUCGGCUCCUGUAAGAUGUCCUUUAGGCACCUAGCGUAUUUAAUAUUAUUAAAAUUUAGAAAUGAAGCUAAAACAAAUAGUAAAGUGGACCAAUUAAAUAUCUAAGAAAGAGGUGAUCAAACAGUACUGAGAUCUACCUCUUUCAAGACUUCAGUUCUGAUGAAUAGUUAAUAUGAGUUGAGCCAGUUAAGUCUUCACCCAUUCAUUUAUAAAAAGGUUCCUUUAAUUUUAAAGGCUUUGGCUUAGUUUUUUUUUAACUUUGCUCCCUUUCAAAUUAACCCCAAAUAAUUUUUCCAAGUCUUGUUUACUUGGAAAACAAAUACAUAAAUGUUCUCUGUUUGCGCCUAUUGUAAUUUUAUCUUGAAAUAUUUGUGACUUCAUAAUCUGUGACGUUUUCAGAAAGCUACAGUAGGACUACUCCUACUGAUUCCAGCAAACACGCAUAGUCAGUUUCCAAUCUGACAGAGUCAUAUUUCCACGUAAAUUCUGUUACUUUUUGUGUCACUCAAGGAACACAUUAAUACUGGAGUUAUUUACAAGAAUACUAUGGCAUGUACAGUAUUACAGUUUGUCUUAUAUUUCAUUAUAACUUUAAAAUACAGUAUGUGAGAGAUGCAGGUUUUAAUGCAUUCCCAAAUGAUUUUGAAAAUGAAUAGGCUGGGUGGUAUGGAAGAAAGUCCUAUUUAUGCCACUGAUUGAGGGUUACCAAGUGACUCUACCAAUAAAGGUGCUUUCCAAAGCACAGUGCUUGCCCAGAUUAUUCUUGUGUGUAUAAUACUAGCCUAUCAUUGGGAUUCUGCAAGUGGCAAGGAAUGACAAGCACAGCACAGGCCAGUAGGGAUAGGAGCAGAUGGCCAGGAGUCUCAUGGCUCUAAGUGAAACAGUAACUGCUGUAACUUCCUGGGCACCCGUGGGCUUGUAAUGAAGUCAAAGAGCCAUGCACUGGACCUCCUAAGCUGCUUAUUCUCCUGGAAGGCACCUUGGAGAAUUUAGCACCUCAGAGUGAGAGGAGCAUUUCUGUACAGCUCCUGUCCUCACUGUUCUAGUGUAGCACAGGUGCUGUGUGCCGUGACAAAAGGCAAUGGUUGAUAUAUAAAAACAAAUGCAAAAUAGUAUUUUAAAAAAGUAUCUAAAAUGGCUCAUUAAUAUGUCAUCCAUUAAAUUCUUUAAAAUCAAGCUGGGACGUUCCUGCUGAAAUACCUAAUAUUUGAAUGCAGAUUUACUAAACUACUGUCAGAUGUCCAGAUUAAUAAUGGACUGUUCUUUGUAACUGUUCUUAUGUUCUCAUAGCACUACUCAUUCAAAUGAUUUAUAGUAAAAAGUUCACCUUAUACUCUACUUGAUAAAGUAGAUGUAGUGGACUAUGCUUGACAAUGCAGUUUCCAAUAUAAAUGAUUUUGCUAUGAAUGUCUCAAACAGAGCUACUUUAUUAAGAAGCUAAACUGAGUUCUAAUUUUUCCUGAAUAUUUUUUUUAAUGUAAUGUAUUAAAACACCAAAGGAACACCUUUUUUUUUCCCUGAGGGGAUUUUAAUCACAAUUUUCAGAUGAAACAUCCUGCUCUGAAACUAGGCACCUGUCCAGACUGACAUUUUUACUACGUCCGCAGAAGUUCCGCAAAGAAAUGCGUUCUUGCUGUGGCACUGUCCACAGUGCUUACCACAAGCAGUGUGUGUGAUUACUGAAUUGAAGGAGAUUUCAGAAUUGGACUUAGAGUUCAAAUCAAACAAAAGUUAAAAACAUUGCUUUCCUAUUUCUAAAGAUACAAGUUGUUUCUGAUUAAUUGCAAGAUAACAGAUAACAGUACAAAGUGUCUAAGAAAACUACAGUAAUUUCAUUUUCCCAAUGUGUGAGGGAUUUUUUCCUGUUUAGCAAUAGAGUGAAUUUCAGCUGUUUUUUGUUUCAUGAAUGUAUAGCAGUAUCUUUUCCUGCUCUUUCUGUUCCCUUUCUAAUGCUGUUUCAUUGAGAUCAUAGUUAAACUAUGAUUAAGUAAAAUGUAAAUUAUGAGGGACAAAAAACAACUGCAUAAAGUGAUUAAUGUAACACUUCAAGAUAACAUGCUAAAAGGAGAAAUGAUAUUUGAUUCCUAGGCACAGCACGAGAAAAGCACGAGCUUGUUUAUGGGAAAUGUUUCAGUAUGAUUAAGUUUUGUCAUUGAUAUGGUCUCUUAAUUUUUUUAUAGUGAUAAAAAAAAAUUCUUAUCACAUUAUUAUCACUUUUAUCAUAUUUUCACUCUCACAGUGUAUUCAGUUUCUCUUUUUUUUCUUCUAGCAGUUUUUUUUUUACUCAAAGUGAACAUGAGUUUGUUUGUGAUGAGUGUUUCAGUGAUGUUUCCUAUACAGUAUAUAGACAAUAAUGUUAAAGGAAUAAGAAUAAAUAAAAGGGUUUUUAUCAAGAUUAUGAAGAAGACAAAAAGCAAGAAAUAAAUACAUUGAACUGGAGCAAUAUGUAAUUGGACCCGUGUCACUCCUCAACUUUGUUUAGUUUGGUCCGUGUGAAAUAUGUUCAGUUAGGUACAGUGUAGUAAAACCUGACCUUAAAGUGAUUUGUAUUGCAACAAUAUACUCAUAUUAUACCUUUCUGUAAAAUAACUUUACUGAUUAAUCCAUGUAAUGAAAAUCACAUUUCCUAAAGCCCAAUACAUUCUGAUCUGAAAUGUAUAUCGUCCAAACACUUUGGACCCAGCAAGGUGAAACAUUGAAUCACACACUGAUCUAUUUAUUUUAAUUUCCUUGCUAAGUGAGGAUGAGUUCUUUUUUCCCCAAAUGUAAAUAUGUCACUCAUGGGCGUAUAAAGUAUUUGAUAAAACUGCUUUCAUCACAUAGCUUCUGUCAUAACAGAAUGUACCAUAACAUACCAUAUGUGCUGCUUGGGUGAUCCACUGACUAACUUUGUUAUAAUCCUACUGUCCUGGUGUCUUAUGUGUAUCAACCUUAGUGCUAUAAGGUGAACUACUAUAUAUCUGGAAUGUAAACUGUAUAUUAAAAGGAGCAAGAAAAUAUUAUAAACCCAGAAAAAGAGCAACUGCAGAUUACAAGCAAUAUUUCUAGCAAUCCCAUGUGAUUAAAUUAUCUGUUGUUAUGUUU